GCUUCCUGGGGCCGCUUGUCCAGGGAGCGGAGCCUCGCCAAGCCCACAGGCUCAGAGCAGCCCGGAGCCCCGGGGGCCGCGGGGGGUGGGCUCGGGGUCGCCCCAGCCUCAAGAUGCUGCCUCUUGUUUGCUUUCUCCGUGGGCAGCUGUUAUUGCUGCUACUUCUUCUGGGCACGGCAUCUCCCCAGGACGCUGAGGAGCCAGACAGUUACAUGGAGUGUACAGAUGGCUAUGAGUGGGACACAGAGAGUCAGCACUGUAAGGAUGUGAACGAGUGCGAGACCAUCCCCGACGCGUGCAAGGGGGAGAUGAAGUGUAUCAACCACUACGGGGGCUACCUGUGCCUGCCUCGCUCAGCUGCUGUCAUCAAUGAUGUCCAUUCAGAGGGGGGGCCCCCUCCCCGGCCAAGGCCUCCCAGGCCUCCAGCCCCUGGUCCACCAAGACCCAACCCCUGCCUGCGGGGUUAUGAGCCUGAUGGUCAGGACAACUGUGUGGACAUAGAUGAGUGUGAACUUGACCUCCAUGACUGUCGUCCCAGUCAAGAGUGCCACAACCUAGCUGGCUCCUUCCACUGCUCUUGUCCUGAUGGCUACAGAAAAGUGGGCUCUGAGUGUGUGGACAUAGAUGAAUGUCGAUCCCGCUACUGUCAGCACCGAUGUGUCAAUGUUCCUGGCUCCUUCACCUGCCAGUGUGAGCCUGGCUUCCAGCUCGGGCCCAACAACCGCUCUUGCGUAGAUGUGAAUGAGUGCGAGAUGGGGGCACCUUGCGAACAACGAUGCUUCAACUCCUAUGGGACCUUCCUUUGCCGCUGCAACCAAGGCUAUGAACUACAUCGGGAUGGCUUCUCCUGCAAUGACAUUGACGAAUGCAGACAUUCCACUUACCUCUGCCAAUAUCACUGUUCCAACGAGCCGGGCCGAUUCUCCUGCCACUGCCCCCAAGGUUACCAGCUGCUGGGCACCCGCCUCUGCCAAGACAUAGAUGAGUGUGAAUCCGGCACCCACCAGUGUUCCGAUGGCCAGAGCUGUGUCAAUUUCCAUGGAGGUUACCGCUGUGUGGAGACCAACCGGUGCUCGGAGCCCUACGUCCAGGUGUCUGACAACCGGUGCCUCUGCCCAGCAUCCAACCCCCGGUGCCGGGAGCAGCCAUCCUCCAUCGUUCACCGCUACAUGAGCAUCACGUCGGAGCGCAGCGUCCCUGCAGACGUCUUCCAGAUUCAGGCCACUUCUGUUUACCCUGGUGCCUACAAUGCCUUCCAGAUCCGGGCUGGAAACCCCCAGGGAGACUUCUAUAUCAGGCAAAUCAACAACAUCAGCGCGAUGCUGGUUCUGGCUCGGCCUGUGACGGGGCCUCGUGAGUAUGUUCUGGACUUGGAGAUGGUCACCAUGAACUCCCUCAUGAGCUACCGGGCCAGCUCUGUGCUGAGGCUCACUGUCUUUGUGGGGGCCUAUGCCUUCUAGGAGCCUGGGGGAGGGAAGGGGGGCUUCCCUGUGAAAACAUCAGCAGCUGUUCAGGAAUAGAGAAAAA